AUGACAACGAUGGAUCUUAUCCCAGCAACGACAAUUGCGCCAAUUUUGAAUGACUCUGAUGAUGAGUUUUCACACUUCAAUAGAAGUUAUUGCUUCAUUUCAGAACACAGUUCCACCUAUUCAGCUUUCUCCCUAAUGGUUAAUGGAUAUUUAACAUGUGCAGUCGUCAUUUUGGGUACAUAUGGAAAUCUGAAUGGUGUCAAAAGUGUACAUGUCACAUCACUGGAUCGUAAUCGAGGAGUCGUUUUGGCAGUUUCCAUGUUGGCACUUGCAUUCUGGGAUACUGUACUUCUCUGGUCCUCCCUAUUCUACUAUUCAAUUAGGAGAAUAGGCUUAUCAUUUGGUUGCAAUUUAGAUCAACUCAAUCAUCUUGUUCCAUGGUUUCACGCGUUCUCACAUACUGCAAACACUGCAUCGACAUGGUGUGUUGUUGCCAUCACUCUCCAACGGUUCAUGGCAACACGAGACCCAUUCAGGACUUCUCGAUCUACAGUAAUCGUUCAAUCCUUCCGAAGUGAACGACGAAUAUCAUUCAUCUACUGUGCCACGUAUCGCCGGCUGUUCAGAAUGCCACUGCUUUUAUCUCUAGCCGCAUUCGUUUUCAACUUCCCAGUGUUCUUUGAAAUCGAAUGUGUGCCUUGUUUCGAUCUGGAAACGAACGAGAACACAUAUCAUUUGCUGCCAACUUGGUUGAGAACAGACACAAGUUAUUCGAUGUAUCGAAUGUUUCUGAGAAUGUUUUUUGUCUCAAUUGGUCCAACCUGUCUGAUCAUCUUUGUCAGUAUUGCAACUCUUUUCUUCCUCCGAGGAUCAAAUCGAUCACGUCGUCAACUGUUCCAGAUGACUGAUAAUUUAUUGGAAAGAUAUGCAUCAAGAGAAAGUAUGAAUACAGUCAUUUCUGCCCUAUUGGUCAUAAAAUUUCUGUUGUUCCGAAGUAUGACGUUCGCACUGGAUAUAAUGGAAGUGACGGUUGGAGUCACUAACUAUUACUUGAUUGAUACGAGUAACUUUUUGGUCCUCAUCAAUUCUGCUACUAAUUGUUUGAUCUACUUGAAAGCGACAGAGUGGUUAAGUGCAAGAAUGAAUGAAAGAAUGACGAUAAAACGGAAGAAGACGAUUUGUGAUUCUGGACAACUUCUGGGAGAUCGGUUGUCUAUUUUGAUAUCUUCAUGGGAGAAGGCGAAAGAAAUGACGAAUGAAGAGAUUGGAGUUCGAGUGGCGUGGAAUAUGUUUAGAAAACAUCCGACUAUGUGCAAAAAAGAUGAACCCGAAAAAGUCUCCCUUCUAAACGGUUCAUGCAAAAGAAGUAUAGAUCAUGCGAAGUUCCAAGAGAUCGGAGGACGAAUAUCCGGAUUCAUUACAGAACUUCUGAAUCUGAUGCAGAGUAAUCAGGCAGAGAGUUAUAUCAUAAUGAGAAUUCGACGUGUUGGCGCAGUUCACUUUGACAAACAAAUUGUAUUUUCCUCAUCUGCGUGGAAAGAAUUCAAGAAUACGAUACAGACAAUCAUAUCAGAAGUCCAAUUCACAUCGCCACAGGAACGAGAAGCCGCCCUUGAAGCUUGGAACAUCUUUAUCUCGUUCAUAAUCCGAGAGAUGAAAAUGGGAGUCUGGGCGAUUGAUGAUGCAAUCGGUCAAAUGCCUUGA